AUGAAGGCGUACCAGGCAGAGCUGCUGGCGUGUGGAGCCGCCAACAGCGCCGCGCUCGCCACGGUGUUUGGGCGUGCCGAGGAUCACGGCGCCGACCGUCUCCGCUCCGUCGUGUGGCCCUGGCUCGAGCCGCUCGCCGGCGCUGCUGAGGAUGAGUACGAGCACCUCGGCUCCGUCUGGAGGCACAUGGCGAGGGACUGGACGGCGGGCGGGGCGGCGCAGACCGGGCAUCUGCGCGCGGAGGCGAGGCUAGCGUGGACGAUUGCGUCGGGGCUGCCCGGCGCUCGCGUGACCGGCUCAGAGGCGUCUGAGGCGCAGCUUCGUGGCUUAGAGGCGUCCGAGGCGCAGCUCUCCGCGGCGAACUUCUUCCUGCAGAGCGACGCCGUCGUGACGAGCUUCUUCCUCGACUGCGUGCCCGGCGUGGCGGACUCCCUCCGCUCGAUCCACGCGCUGCUGCGGCCGGGCGGGCCAACUAGCGGGCCUCUGUCUGCCCGGCGGGCUGUGGGUCUUUGCCGGCCCUCCAACCCACCCCCCUUGCAGCCGAUGCCAAGCAGCCAUCACAUCGACUGCGUUUGUCCUCCAGGCCCCCUCGCCUACCACUGCUGGCCCCAGCUGUGCCCUACCCUCGACCAGCUGGUCGGCCUCGCCUCCGAGGUCGGACUCACGCCGCUGGGCGAGCCGCGCCUGCUGCCCGCCGGCUACGUGCAGCGGCCGGGCGGCUUCGGCGCGCACGAGCACGCGUGGACGGCGGCGGUCCUCGUGUGCAGGAGGGGAGAGUGA